GUUCACUUCGUUUUGGCAAAUCGUUCAGUACAGCUGAUCUCUUUUCUUUGACCGGUUGUAAAUUUUAAAACGUGCCUCAUUUUUUGUUGUUGUGAAUUGAUAGAAGAAAUAGUUAAAUCUCUGUAGAUUAAAAAUGAGCGAAUUUUAAUAUUCUUAAUAUCAUAAAUUAGUUUAUAUCUUGUUUGUUCUUCGUAAUUCUAAAGUUCAAAGUUAUUUUUAAAUCAUAAUUAACUAUUUUUCUUAUCAAAAUGUCGAAAUUCCCUGGUGAACAAAUGUCUAAGUCCGAAACAAUUGAGCUUCGUAAUAAGAUUAUUGGGAAGUCUUGCCAAUUAUUCUACAAAAACGAUCCACUUAAGAUCGUUCGAGGAAAGGGACAAUUCAUGUACGAUGAAGAAGGAACUCGUUAUCUCGACUGUAUCAAUAAUGUGGCAACGGUUGGUCAUUGCCAUCCAAAAGUCGUUCAAGCGGGUUCGAGUCAAAUGUCAGUAAUAUCAACAAACAAUCGCUUCCUUCAUGAUGAACUUAUAAAAUGCGCCCAAAAUCUCAUCGAGAGAAUGCCACAUGACUCAUUAUCAGUUUGCUUCUUUGUCAACAGUGGGAGUGAAGCUAAUGAUUUAGCACUUCGUUUGGCGAGAGCUCAUACACAACAGAAAGACAUCAUCACAUUAGAUCACGCUUAUCAUGGUCACAUCAUAUCGUGUAUGGAAAUUUCACCUUACAAAUUUAAUCGGCCCGGCAAUAUUGACGUGAAGAAACCCGAUUUUGUGCAUGUCGCUUCAUGUCCCGACGUUUAUCGUGGAAAAUAUCGCAACAUUGAUCAUCCCAACUCGAAACUUUCCGAUCUUUAUGCGAAUGACGUUAAGAAAAUCAUUGAAACGAUUCAACAGAACGACAAAGGAGUCAGUGCAUUUAUAGCUGAGAGUUUGCAAAGUUGUGGUGGACAAAUAUUUGCACCUGUCGGAUAUUUCGAAAAAGUUUACGAAGCAGUGAGAAAAGCUGGAGGCGUCUGCAUUGCUGAUGAAGUUCAAGUUGGUUUCGGUCGAGUUGGAACUCAUUACUGGGCAUUUGAGACACAAAACGUUGUACCAGAUAUUGUAACGGUCGCAAAGCCGAUGGGCAACGGACAUCCAGUUGGUGCUGUCGUUACAACGAAACAAAUUGCUGAUAGCUUUGCUAAAACAGGCGUUCAAUAUUUCAACACUUAUGGAGGUAAUCCAGUUUCGUGUGCUAUUGCUAAUGCCGUGAUGCAAGUUAUCGAUGAGGAGAAGCUUCAAGAGAACUGUUUGGUUGUUGGAAAUUAUUUGCUGGAGAAAGCUGGCGAUCUUAUGAAAGAUUUUGAAUUGAUUGGCGAUGUUCGUGGAAUGGGAUUAUUUUUCGGAAUUGAAUUGGUAACGGACAGAAAGCUGAGAACACCAGCGACUGAAGAAGCAAAUUUUAUCGUUGAUCGUAUGAAGAAUGUUCAUAAAAUUCUUGUGAGUUCUGAUGGUCCCGAUGACAACGUUGUGAAACUAAAGCCACCGAUGGUUUUCGAUAAGGAAAAUGUCGAUGAAUUCAUUGCUGGAUUCAAAGAAUGCUUGCAACAUAUUUAUAAAGAGAAAGAGAAAUUCAUCGCACUUACUGCGUCAUCUCAAAUUCCAUGCAGUUUAACGCUGUCAGCUGCAAAAAUAAGCGAGAAACGCGAUAGAUUUAUAAAAUCGGUUUAAUAAUUAAAAGGGAAAAAGAUUUUUAGAAUAAUUUUAAUCAUUUAUUUGUAGAUUUAAUCCUUAACUUUUAAGAUAAUUGAGGAAAUUUAUUGACUAUACUUAAAAAUGUGUGAAUGAGAUGAAAUAUUUAACAGUUAUCUGACAGAUUAAUAGAUUUAAUAAAAACCAUUGAAACCAUUAGUGUGAGUCUUGCUAUGACUCUUAACGAAACAAGAUAAUAAAUAGAUUUUUAAUUACACUCAGCGAUCCAUAUAAAUUUUCGCAAAAUAUCUAUGAAAUAAACUAAAUAAAAGCGUCAGAAGUUAAUCUAUUUGGUAUUAUUUUAUGACCUUUCAUAUUUCAUUUUAUAAUUAUUUAACAUAAUUUGUAGCAUUGGUGGU